CUUUCACUUUCAACACAUGAAUAAUACUUUUCGUAAACAACAGAAAAUCAUUAAACAAUUAUUGUAUGGUUUGACUGAAGAGAACUCAUUGAUCACUAUUGUUGUUGUCUUCGUCUGUCAUCAUAAGUGAUCAUCAAAUGAAUUGACUAAACCUAUUGAUUGUUUAAUUGAUUGAUUGAUUGAUUGAAGACAUCUAAACACAAGUCUUUGUUUGUUUGGUGUAUGUGAUCAUUGAUUUGAUCCCAUCGUAUAUAUCAUAUUCACAUUGCGAUUCUUCUUCUUUGCCGUCAUCCUCAUUGUCGCCAUUGAUGGACAUCAGACACCAUAUGAAUAAUGUCCGCCAAAACAACAACUAUCUCCAUCAUAAUCACAAUACUGUUGUAGCCGAUGCCAUGGCGGCCACCAAUCGGCAAAAGUCUGUUGUCGGCCACCAUCACCACCACGUUGUUGCCCAUCAUCACGAAGACCCGCCUCUUCAGAUGCCACUAUCGUUGAGCUUACCAUUCAAGACGUCACACGAAAGUCUCAGGAUUAUUGCCGAAGCCGUACAGCGAUCUCAAUCCAUACUAAGUGGACAGCCAUUGCAACCAUCCACUGGUGUUGCCGUUGCCGCCACUACUGCUGCUGCCGCCGUUGCUUGCGGUCAACUAAACAAUUAUACUAAGUGUUUGAUGGCUGGUUGUCAUUAUGUGACCGACAGUAACCAAUCGGUAACUAAACACAUGCAAGCGGUUCACGCCGUAACACCGUAUGAGUGUCGGUAUCCUGAAUGCGGCCAAAUGUUGUCCACAAAACCCGAACUGGACAAUCAUAUGAAGGCUAUACACUUUAAGAAACAGUAUGUCUGUACAGCUAUCGGUUGUGGCAAACAAUUGAAAAGUCUGUGGAGUCUUAACCGUCAUUUGAUGACCCAUUCGGGCGAAAAACGAUUCAAGUGUUCAGUUGAUGGAUGCGGCUAUCAGGCCAUCCAGAAACGUCAUCUGAUGGCCCAUAUGUACAAACACUAUGGACUGAAACCGUUUCAGUGUAGACACCAGACGUGCGGUAAAACAUUUGCCACAAUUACCUCAUUGCGUACUCACGAGUCGGAGAUACACGCAUCGGCCGAAACCCGAUACGUGUGCGACGUUUGUAACGCUGUACUCAAAACUCAUCGAUAUUUGUUGACACACAAGAAAAAUCAUUACAACACCGACGCUCUCGAUGGCGAUGGCAUUGGUGGCGGCGGUAGUGGUACUGGUGGUAAACGACGAAAACAGAGGUCGCAAAAGUCUAAUGGCUUACAUUUGCCGCUGUCGGCCGCUAACAGAGCUUCGCUAAAACAAUUGAUGCGUAAAUAGUGUCCAAAAAAUAAUUGAUUAAUUAAUCAAUUUAUUGGUUGUGUGUCCACUGAAAUUAUAGUU